AUGGAGAUUAAAGAAAAGUUCAAGUUAGGUGGUAGUAUUGUCUUUAUUACAUUCCCAGGGCAAAUAGCUCCAGGAGGACGAUCAUCAGAAAUUUGGCAUUUGAGGGUAUCACUUCCAGCAAUACGACAAAUAGAAGUACUGCAAUCAAUGUCUUGGUCGAUGCCGGUGCAUUUUGCUCCCCUACCAAUUCGGCAAAAGCUAGCAACGCAUACUUCACCAGGAGAACAUAUACCAUUAAGACCACAAUUAUCACCGGGAUUUGCGCUAACAAAGACGCUAGAGAAGAGAGCUGCGAAAAGCACAAUUAAAAUAGCUUGUUUCAUUGUUGAAAAUUUAAAAUUGGAAGUUGAUGAGAAUUUGUGUGCUUAUAUAGAUAUUUUGAAUCCUAACAAAUUAUUAAAUUCAUUUAAUCCAUCUUAA